AUAUGUUUGGAUAUGUGAACUCUGUAGUGGGAAUCAAAUAAUUUAAUUGAACUACAGUGAUUCGAGAGGUAACAUUGCGCUAGAAUUAUGGGGCCACUUUUUAAGAAGCAACCUAAAGGCUUUGCCACGAAAGCUAUUCACGCAGGACAAAAUCCUUCGCAAUGGAAUAGUAGAAGUGUUGUACCUCCAAUUAGUUUGAGCACAACAUUUAAACAACACGGUCCUGGAGAACACGAGGGAUACGAGUAUUCUCGAAGCGGCAACCCUACACGAAAUGUGUUAGAAAACUGUUUGGCAGCUUUGGAUGAUGCCAAAUAUAGUUUAACAUUUUCAUCUGGGCUAGGAACAGCAAUGGCGGUGUUCUCUAUGUUGUCUGCCGGAGAUCACAUCAUCAUUGGAGAUGAUGUGUAUGGAGGAACAGCGCGUUUAGUAAGGCAAGUCAUCUCAAGACUGGGUAUUCAAUUUAGUUUCAUAGAUCCAACUGAUUUACCGGCUUUUGAAUCAGCAAUUCAAUCGAAUACAAAGCUUGUGUGGAUAGAAACACCUACGAAUCCACUGAUCAAAGUUGCUGAUAUAGACGCUAUUAGCAAAUUUUGUCAAAAUAAGAAUGUUAUAUUUGCAGUUGACAAUACAUUUUUGACAUCAUAUUUCCAAAGGCCAUUGGAAUUGGGUGCUGAUUUAGUAUGUUAUUCUUUAACUAAAUAUAUGAACGGUCAUUCUGAUGUCGUUAUGGGUUGCAUAACUACUAAUUCGGAAGAUUUAUACCAAAAAUUGAAAUUCCUACAAAAUGCAACGGGAAUUGUACCCUCUCCGUUUGAUUGUUACCAAGUCAACCGUGGUUUGAAAACUCUUCCCCUUCGCAUGGAACAGCAUCAAAAGAGUUCAAUCGCUGUUGCAAAAUUCUUGGAAGAACAUCCUUUUGUUCAAAAAGUUUUACAUCCAGCGUUACCCUCCCAUCCACAGCACCAGCUCUCUCUAAAGCAAACAUAUGGAUAUAGUGGAGUGUUUUCAUUUUUCCUUAAAGGCGACUUAAAACAUUCGAGAGCUUUUCUUCAGAAUUUAAAAUUGUUUGCGUUGGCGGAAAGCUUAGGUGGAUAUGAAAGUUUGGCAGAACUUCCGUCAAUUAUGACUCACGCUUCAGUACCAGCAGAAGAACGAAAGAAGCUGGGUAUAAGCGAUUCCCUCAUACGCCUUUCUAUUGGACUUGAAGAAACAGAAGAUUUGAUUGGAGAUUUAGAGAAUGCUUUAAAAAUAUCUAUGGCUUUGUAGAAUUAUAAUAACUUGUAUGAGUCAAAUAUAUGAUAUUGAGUUGGUAUAUUAUGUUA